UUAAGUUUAUGUGCUCUGCUGUAAAAAGGGUUAAACACAAAGUUUCAAACUCUUCCUGGAAUGAGUCAACGUCUGAUAACCACUCCCUGUUCCUUCUGCUAUGAAAAACAACAGCUCCAGAAGAGUGAGAGCUGAUUGGCUCCAUUCACUGUCACAUGUUGUUCAGAUCAGAGCUCAGACUAGAGUCACUUCUAGGAAACAGAAACUCACUCUGUCGUCGACACUGAGAGGAGAAAUGGAGCAGAAAGGAGUUCAUCUGGACAGAGAAACCUUCUCUUGUUCCAUCUGUCUGGAUCUACUGAAGGAUCCUGUGACUACUUCCUGUGGACACAGCUACUGCAUGAACUGUAUUAAAAGCCACUGGGAUGAAGAAGACCAGAAGGGAAUCUACAGCUGCCCUCAGUGCAGGAAGACUUUCAUACCGAGGCCUGUCCUGGAGAAACACACCAUGUUAGCAGAGUUAGUGGAGCAGCUGAAGAAGACUGGACUCCAAGCUGCUCCAGCUGAUCACUGCUAUGCUGGACCUGAAGAUGUGGCCUGUGAUGUCUGCACUGGGAGAAAGCGGAAAGCCUCCAAGUCCUGUCUGGUCUGUCUGGCCUCUUACUGUGAGAAACACCUCCAACCUCACUAUGAUGCAGCUCCAUUCAAGAAACACAAGCUGGUGGAGCCCUCCAAGAAGCUCCAGGAGAACAUCUGCUCUCGUCAUGAUGAGGUGAUGAAGAUUUUCUGUCGUACUGAUCAGCAGAUUAUCUGUUAUCUCUGCACAAUGGAUGAACAUAAAGGCCAUGAAACAGUCCCAGCUGCAGCAGAAAGGGCUGAGAAGCAGAAGGAGGUGGAGGUGAUGCUACAGAAAAACCUGCAGGGAAUCCAGGAGAGAAAGAAAGAUGUGGAGCUGCUUAGACAGGAGCUGAAGGCCAUCAAAGACUCUGCUGAUAAAACAGUGAAGGACAGUAAGGAGAUGUUCACUGAGAUGAUCCGUCUCCUCCAGAAAAGAAGCUCUGAUGUGGAGCAGCUGGUCAGAUCCCAGCAGGAAACUGAAGAGAGUCGAGUCAAAGAUGUUGAGGAGAAGCUGGAGCAGCAGAUCACUGAGCUGGAGAGGAAAGGCUCCGAGCUGAAGCAGCUCUUAAAGACAGAGGAUCACAACCAGUUUCUACACAACUACCCCUCACUGCCACCACCCAGUGAGUCUACUCACUCAUCCAGCAUCAAGAUUCGUCCUCUGAGGUACUUUAAGGACGUGAAAGCAGCUGUGACAGAGACCAGAGAGAAACUACAGGACAUUCUGAGAGAGACAUGGACAAACAUUUCAGUGACAGUGACUGAAGUGGAUGUUUUACUGCCACAACCAGAGCCAAAGACCAGAGAUGAAUUCUGGAAAUAUUCACGUGAAAUCACACUGGAUCCAAACACAGCAGACACAGAGCUGUUAUUAUCUGAGGGAAACAGAAAAGUCACAUUUAUGAAUCAACCUCAGUCUUAUUCUGAUCAUCCAGACAGAUUUACUUUUUAUUGUCAGGUCCUGAGUAGAGAGAGUCUGACUGGACGUUGUUACUGGGAGGUGGAGUGGAGAGGAGAAGGAGGAGUUGAUGUCGCAUACAAGAAUAUCAGCAGAGCAGGAUAUGAAAGUUCAUUUGGAUACAAUGACAAAUCUUGGUCAUUAGAUUGUGACACAGACAGUUAUGAAUUUUACUACAACAAAGUCUCAACUUCUGUCUCAGGUCCUGUUUCCUCCAGAGUAGGAGUGUACCUGGAUCACAGAGCAGGUCUUCUGUCUUUCUACAGCGUCUCUGAAACCAUGACUCUCCUCCACAGAGUCCAGACCACAUUCACUCAGCCUCUCUAUGCUGGACUUGGUCUUGGUUCUGGAUCCACUGCUGAGUUGAUUAAAGUGAAAUAGACAGAAGUCUCUUCAGGGACAGUUGGUUAAAAUGUGUCUUCUAGUCUCCAGGUGGUUUGGUCUCCAUGGUUGUAGCUGAGAGCUCAUUGUUGUGUCAUGUCUUCACUGCUCAGAGAUCAGCUGUCAAUCACACUUUGUGGGCGGUACUUUGUCGUCUCCUGGUUUGUUGUUUGCUUGAUGUUGGACUUUGUUUGGGUUUUCUCCUUCCUGUGUCUGUUUAGCCACGGAGGCUCUCACUGCUCACCAUGACUUUGAUUCACAUAAACUGACAUUUGUCCACAUGACAAUCUGAACUUGUCUGAGCUCUGAACGUCUCAUCAACAUUUGUGUUGAUGUGUUUGUGUGUAGUUGUCGUUUGUCUUCCGCUGCAUGGGCCUCAACAGAGAAACCAGCAGACCUUCCUUUAUCACAGAGAUUUAGUUACCAAUCAAUCAUUAGUUGAUUUUUAUUUGCUGAUAUUCUGAGUCAAACUCACUGAUUGUAUAGAAAAGGUGAAUGUUUCCAUGAUAAUGUUGUUGUUUUUAUCUUGUUCUCUUGUGUGUGGGGGCAUUUAAUAGGGAAUAUUCUGUCAAUAAAAGCUGGAUGAAAACUACACAGACAAUUGUUGUAAUUCCACCUGACGCUGGAAAUAUAUUUAAAUACAUAUAUAUGUUUAAAAAUUAAAAAAACAGAGCAAACAUCCAGAAAGGAAAUUCAUCAUUUAUUGCAAAAAGAAAACAUAAAUACAAAAUUGUUGUAUCUAUGUGCCUCUAAACGGUAAAGUGCAAAAAUCAGAGUAGAGUUUCUAGGAGUUAUUAAAGUUCAGUGCAACAGUGUUGU